CAGGUUUGUUUAAGUUUUUCGUAUAAGUAAAUAUGGUUGGAUCAACAGAUUUCAUUGAUGAGAUAGAUUGUGGAAGCUUCUUCGACGACCUCAUCGACUUCCCUAACGGAGAUGUCGAACUCGACUCCUCCGCCGCGUUUCCUAGCAUUUGGACAACUCAGCUCGAGUCAUUACCUUGUUCCGACCCAGUUUUUUCCAACAACAGUGCUUCCGACCCCUCCGCUGAACUCUUUGUUCCGUAUGAAGAUAUUGUUCAAUUGGAAUGGAUGUCAAACUUUGUUGAAGAUUCUCACAGUGGAGAAAGCUUGACAAUUAAGAAAGAAGAGUCAUCUUCCAUCAGUAUGGCAUCCCAUCAUCAAUUCCAGACUUGCAGUCCGAUUUCAGUUCUUGAAAGUAGCAGCUCCUACUCAGGAGCGAAACCAUUGACGUGCAGUCCUGAGACAGCUGCUCCUGGGAAGCGCAGAUGUGCACGCAGCAAAUGUCCUCGUCCGGCCAUGUUCAAUAGUUUUCCAGGAGUUCCACUGAUCUCCCCAACUUCAUCCGUCAAUGAGAGCGACAUUCCUCAGCCCUUUGCAUUUCCGAAUGUGCUGUCGGAUUCUGAGAACUAUGCCGAGUCCCGGCUUCUGAUCAAAUUACCGAAACAAGUUAAUGCGGAACAUAAGAAGAAGAAGAAGAAGAUCAAGCUAUCACUUUCAGCUCCAGCAGGCAUUGCUGAUGAUAGUCAAAAUCCAACUGCACAAGGUGUUGGGAAAUGUAUGCAUUGCGAGAUAACAAAGACGCCACAAUGGAGGGCAGGGCCAAUGGGUCCGAAAACCCUUUGCAAUGCUUGCGGAGUCCGAUACAAGUCCGGCAGGCUCUUCCCAGAGUACCGGCCUGCUGCGAGUCCGACGUUUGUUCCGUCAUUACACUCAAAUUCUCACAAGAAAGUACUGGAGAUGAGAACCAAAAGUUGUGCACUAGCACCUACCACAACAAUGAUCGACAACAAUUCACCAGAGCUGAUUCCCACUAAAAGCAACCCUACAUUGGAUUAUAUAUGAAGGUCCGAGCCAACACAUCCGAUCAUGGGUAUGGUUAUAUACCUCGAAAGAUCAUUCAAAUACAUGAAAAGUGUUGGAAAAAUUGAACUUCACCACAACAAACACACACCUUUAUUCGAUUUAUACCCAAGUCUGAGUACCAUAGCUUUCCUUAUUUUAUUUCUUUGAUCUUUAUUUUUUCCUGCACAGGGUUGAAAUAGAGAAAAUAGGAGCAUUAGAUGGCUAAUAUUUAAAUGAGAGAGAGAUUGUAGUGAGAACUUUGAGGCAAAAAGGGUAGAGAAAAUGGAAGCUUGAGAGUUAGCAAAGUUGUAGGUUUUAGAAACGAUUAGGUCCUUGAAA